AUGGCAAAGAUGGUCUUUCAGACCCCUGUUUCGCAGUGGAAUGCAACCAUCUUUCUCCUCUGCGUCCUUUCUUUCUUGCUGGGAAUUGAUGCACUGGCUCUGCUACCUCGGAGUUUAUCUACAUCAUCGGUACGAUCGCCCAAGCCAGUGUUCUUGUUAGAUGAAUCGGUGACAGUAUUCGAAGAGGCAUUGCCAUUCGAUUCUCCCGGAUUGCCUGCGGAUCCCCCCGGCUCCAUCGGUACCAUAUUGAAGGAGCUUCUCUACGCUCUGAAUGUGAUGCAAGAUGACUACUUCGAACUAUGGCAGGGCACCUGGCCAACGAGCAUUGAUUGGACUGCUGCUGUCCUUGGAACCCAUGUUUCAGCAACUCUCUCUUCCCUGGCUUCGACCUCCGAAAGCAUCCUGGCGUCUGUUUUGUCUCCUGGAGAUGGUAAUGCAGGAGACGAGUUGGACUCGAUAAUGUCCAGACAUGUUUUUGAAUUCGAAAAUCUCCUGAGCCACUUCUUCGACCACCUUGCCAGUUUCUACUUUGGUGAGAAUGCAUUCGGCGUGAGGAACCAGGCCUACGACGACAUGCUCUGGGUCGUUCUGGGGUGGCUGGAGAAUAUCAAAUUGCAAGAUCUGCACUCCGAGUUACGCUACACUUCCGGGGGUCGACAGGCCUGGCAUGCGAGUCAGUUCCGCGAUCCAGCUGCGCAUAGAGCGCGGCUCUUCUACGAGCUCGCGUCGGAAGGGUGGAAUAGCUUCCUCUGCGAUGGGGGGAUGAUCUGGAGCCCUUAUCUGACUCCGUACAAGAAUGCCAUUACGAAUGAGCUAUACAUCUCCGCCAGCAUCGCCAUGUAUCUCUACUUCCCGGGAGAUCCUAUCGAUUCACCGUUCGUCCUCGCAGACGCCUCCGAUGAGUACCCUCACAAUCCGGCUCAUCUGCAAGCCGCGAUAAAGGGCUACCGCUGGCUAAAGAACUCCAGGAUGAUUGGCAGGGGCGGUCUGUACGGUGAUGGAUUCCACAUCAGCGGGUGGGAAAGCGCCGAUAAGCCAGGCACGCGCAGAUGCGACGUUCUUAAUACCAUGGUCUACACGUACAACCAGGGCGUCAUCCUCAGCGGGCUAAGGGGGCUCUGGCUAGCCAAUGGAUCGCAGGAGUAUCUGUAUGACGGACACGAACUGAUCCAGAAAGUCAUGAAAGCCAGCGGGUGGCCCGACAUCUUCAACAAGGGAUGGAUGGGCCUGGGCCGUUCCGGCAUCAUCGAAGAAGCCUGCGACUCUCACGGCAGUUGUUCCCAAGACGGCCAGACCUUCAAGGGCAUCUUCUUCCACCACCUGACGGAAUUUUGUCGACCUCUUCGCCCGCAGGAAGAGCGUUUCCUCAGUUCCUCUCCAGUCAGCCCAUUCACGACGGACGACGACACCACCGGCUGGCAAGAUGGUUUCAACUGGCAUCAGUCUCAGUGUCGAACAUAUCGCACUUGGAUCGAACACAAUGCCAAAGCCGCCUUGGUGUCGAGGGACACGGAUGGCAAGUUCGGGACAUGGUGGGGCAGGCCCUAUCGUCAGUUCGACCCGGACGGCGACGAUGAUAUCGUCAAUAGCAGCUUCCUACCUCCUGGGGCGGUGGAUUAUCGCAACGACGAUGAAAUACUGGAGGCACUUAGGGCUUCCAACCCACCGAGUCGCGUAUCUGAAAGCGGCUUCCGUAAUACACGGCAACCCGGUGAGAAAAGAGCGGAGUCGCAGGAAACGUGGAAACACCAUCCUCCAACCCGGAAUCAAAAAAUGGAAACGAGUCCGGGAGACUAUAAUGACCGAGGCCGUGGUCGGACUGUGGAAACCCAGUCUGGGGGGGUGGCUGUGUUGAGGGCAUUGUACCAGUGGACGAUGCUCUAA